UGUUUAAUUUAUCUUUCAGAUUGAGAUGGAAUUAGAUGAUAAUGAUGCGCCUCCAAAUAUAUCGCAAUGCGAAUCAGAAGCAAUGACAGAAGAAAAUCAAUAUAAGGAAAAGGACCAGGCUUCAAACGUAUUACCUGAAAAUCAAUGUGAAGAAAGUAAUGCACUUCCAUAUAUAGUUGAAGGCACAUCUGAAGUAACGAUGCAGCCUGAAAUACAAAACUUGGGGCACCGAAUAAUAGAUUUUAAUCAUUUCACAUCAGAACUUGUAAAAAUUUCUCAACACAAAUCUCUGUUUAAAUGCGGAUUAUCUACAAUGAAAUUAAUUUCUGAACAUCGAAUAGGAUUGCAAUCUGAAUACACAUAUGUAUGUAUGAUGUGUAAUUAUAAAAAUAAUAUAAAAUCGUCAUUGGAUGAUGUGAACAAAGAUGCUGUUGCGGAACCAAAAACAAAAGAAAAUUCUGAUGAUACUGUUGCUGACACGGAUAAAACUGCUGAUGUCGACAAUUUUGCUUUUGUUGACGAAGAUGUUGCUGACGCAGACGAUGUUUCUGUCGUAGAUAGUUCAGAAUAUAUUAUGGCUUUUUCUGAAUAUUGA